UGGACCUGAGCAAAGGCCGGGCGGCGCCGAUCCCCGCGGGACGCAUUGCGCUCGGGGGCCUCCUGCCUCCUUCCCUGCCCCAGCCGCCCCGGGACCGCGCGGCGCCCCGCACCCUGCAGGGGCGGCUGCCGCAUCGCUGGGACGAACUCGGCAGGGGAGGCAGACAAAGUUAUUUCCCCCUCCCAAGCAGCAAGAUUCCGAUUGGCAAGAUGGUGCCCAGCUCUCCGCGCGCGCUCUUCCUUCUGCUCCUGAUCCUCGCCUGCCCCGAGCCGCGGGCUUCCCAGAACUGUCUCAGCAAACAGCAGCUCCUCUCGGCCAUCCGUCAGCUGCAGCAGCUGCUGAAAGGACAGGAGACACGCUUCGCCGAGGGCAUCCGCCACAUGAAGAGCCGGCUGGCCGCGCUGCAGAACUCUGUGAGCAGGGUGGCCCCAGAUGCCCCUCCAGUUUCCUGCCCGGCUCUGAACGCACCCACAGAUGGCAGAAAGUUUGGAAGCAAGUACUUAGUGGAUCACGAAGUCCAUUUUGCCUGCAACCCUGGGUUCCGGCUGGUCGGGCCCAGCAGCGUGGUGUGUCUUCCCAAUGGCACCUGGACAGGGGAGCAGCCCCGCUGUAGAGAUAUCGUCUCUCCUUCCCAUCCCACUGCGCUGGACCCAUCACAGCAUAGCAAAGAUAUCAGUGAAUGCUCCAGCCAGCCUUGUCAAAAUGGUGGUACGUGUGUAGAAGGAGUCAACCAGUACAGAUGCAUUUGUCCUCCAGGAAGAACCGGGAACCGCUGUCAGCAUCAGGCCCAGACUGCCGCCCCCGAAGGCAGCGUGGCCGGCGACUCUGCCUUCAGCCGCGCGCCGCGCUGUGCGCAGGUGGAGCGGGCUCAGCACUGCAGCUGCGAGGCCGGAUUCCACCUGAGCGGCGCUGCGGGCGACAGCGUCUGCGAGGAUGUGAACGAGUGUGAGCUCUACGGGCAGGAGGGGCGCCCCCGGCUCUGCAUGCACACCUGCGUGAACACCCCGGGUUCUUACCGUUGCACCUGCCCCAGCGGAUACCUAACCCUGGCCGACGGGAAGAGCUGUGAGGAUGUGGAUGAAUGUGUGGGCCUGCAGCCGGUGUGCCCCCAGGGGACCACGUGCAUCAACACCGGUGGAAGCUUCCAGUGUGUCAGCCCUGAGUGCCCUGAGGGCAGCGGCAAUGUGACCUAUGUGAAGACGUCUCCAUUCCAGUGUGAGCGGAACCCCUGCCCUAUGGACAGCAGGCCCUGCCGCCAUCUGCCCAAGACCAUCUCCUUCCAUUACCUCUCUCUGCCUUCCAACCUGAAGACGCCCAUCACACUCUUCCGCAUGGCCACAGCCUCUGCCCCCGGCCGAGCUGGGCCCAACAGCCUGCGCUUUGGGAUCGUGGGUGGCAACAGCCGCGGCCACUUUGUGAUGCAGCGCUCAGACCGGCAGACUGGGGAGCUCAUCCUCGUGCAGACCCUGGCGGGGCCUCAGACGCUGGAGGUGGACGUCGACAUGUCGGAAUACCUGGACCGCUCCUUCCAGGCCAACCACGUGUCCAAGGUCACCAUUUUUGUAUCCCCCUAUGACUUCUGAGGGUACACAGGAGCACCGGGGUGUGGAGAUCUGACCUCAUUUCUCUUCCCCGAAGGCUCAGCUUCGGGCACUGACUGCGUGGAUCCUCCCGCCUGUUCCCGCCCUCUCGCCGGUGCACCCAGGCUUCUAGGGCGGCGUUGCACGGUGCCCCAUGGAAUAGCACAGAAGAGCAGCCACAAAACUCAACCUGCUGCCAUCACAUUUUUUUUUUUUUUUUUUCUGCUUUGAGGCCCUUCCCUUAGAUUAUGCACUAACUUUCUUAAACCUUUGUCAUUCAGGGGAUGGGUGGCUUUCCAAAACGCUGUGCAAAUGGCCUUGUGAGUUUGAACUGCUGGGGAGAGAAAAGCUGGCAGUGUGUGUCGGAUGACUAUCAGCACUUCUGCAUUUUUAUAGCCAGGCUUGCUAUGAAUGAGGCAGUUCUAGUUGCGUGGGGGGCUAGUCAUGCCUCUGCGCAUGUAGCAUAGGAAGUGGAGUCUCCUCCCAUGACCCAGCACGUUGUUCUUACCUGCCUUUUCCUCUGUGACAUGCCUGCCUGCCUUCUCAUCAGAGAGCCACAGGAGGGCCUUAAACCCCACGCAGAUCCUUCUAGACCAAGGAUCCAUUGUUAAAAGCAUGGAUUCUGCCUAAGUUACUUCCCUUUUGAGAAAUCAUAUCUCAAAUACAUAACCUGGUAAUAUAACUGGAAAAAUAAAAGCAAUUGCUCCUU